AUGUUUUUACAAACCUACAUCAUCAACAUCAUAACAUUUUUCGGCUUCCAGCCGAGCUUCCCUUUGUUCCGUGGACCAUAUGAACCAGAAUCACCCCAAAUCCCAAUUGCACCAGGCACUCUAUCAUUUGUGCCUCCGGGCGCUGCUGAGAAUGAGACUGCCCAUGGCCCCUUCAAGUGCCAUUAUCCGGCUAUGGCCGUCGAGUACACCUACGAUCCCUCGCCUAACAAUCGAGGUGUGUGGCUGAAACAUCGGACCGAUGCUUCUAAGGACUUUACCAUCCACACGGACUAUGAGGUUAGAGCUCCUAUUGGGAUUGAGCGCAAAUACUUUCUCACUGUGGGCGAAGAUACGAAGCGUCCUGUGAAUUGGGAUGGCAUCGACUUUCCAUAUGCCAAGCUGUUUGACAAGAGUUUUCCGGGGCCUUGGAUACAGGCAUGUUGGGGCGAUGUAGUGAACAUCACUGUUAAGAACAAUCUCUCGAAGAACGGGACUGCGAUUCAUAUGCAUGGCAUUCGACAAUUCGGAUCUACCCUCAUGGACGGCGUCCCUGGAAUCACUCAAUGCCCCAUUGCGCCCGGGGACACCUUCAGCUACGUGUUCAACACGACCCAGUACGGGUCCACCUGGUAUCACAGCCAUUACAGUCUGCAGUACUCAGAUGGCCUGCUGGGUCCGAUGACGAUUCAUGGUCCCACGUCCGCCAACUUUGACAGCGCCCUGGAUCCGAUCCUCAUUUCUGACCACAAUUACCGCAGUGCAUUUAUGGACUACUACCAGGAGCAAUUCGCGAAUCCUGCCGCUGACCCGCCGCGUGUGCCUCCAAAACAGACCAGUAUUCUAAUCAAUGGGAAGGGUAUCUAUGCCGGAUCUUUCCCCAAGAACCGAUAUCACAAGAAGGUGAAGCCCGGAAAACGAUACAUCCUGCGGCUAAUCAACGCAUCCACGGAUAGCACCUUCAUUUUCAGUAUCGAUGGCCACAAUCUGACGGUCAUCGGGAACGACUUGGUUCCAGUUGAACCGUAUACAACGAACCACAUCUAUAUUGGGAUCGGCCAGCGCUACCACGUUGUCCUCGAAACCCUAAGCAUGAAGCACAUCUCCAGAUCCAAAGAGGGCUACUGGAUCCGCACCGAGCCCGCGGAGGGAUGCCACAACUUCGAGACCUUCCCGGACGACAGACAGGGCAUCCUGUGGUACGGGGGUGACGAGGACGAUAAACCCCCGGUACCGACUACAACAGCCUGGUCGUACAAUUCCACCUGCAGCGACAUGCUCGACCUGGUCCCCGUCGCGUCGGUCACGAUCGACACCUGGUUCCUGCCCGCGGAGGGCAGCGAGGCGGCUGCGACAGUCAACGUGUGGCAGUUCCUGAACGACACCGUCUUUGUGAACUACACCGAGCCCACCGUCAACCACCUCGACCCGCCCUACGACCCCAAUGCCGUUAUCUACCUGGCCGAGGAGCCGCCAGUGGGCUCUCCCCCGCAGACAUCCACCUGGAACUAUAUGAUCUUGAUCGGGGGCAACCUGGACAAUCCCAGCCCGGUCUCGGGAGGUCGUCUGGUACCUGUUGCUCAUCCGAUCCACCUCCACGGCCACGACUUCGCCAUCCUCCAAUACUCCGAGUUCCCCUACGACGGCCCAGAGUCCCUCGAUCUCUCCCUGGACAACCCCCGCCGGCGCGACGCCGUCCUCCUCCCCAGCAACGGGUUCAUCGUCAUCGCCUUCAAGACCGACAACCCGGGCGUCUGGACCCUGCACUGCCACAUCGCGUGGCACGCGUCCGGCGGGCUCGCGCUGCAGGACCUGGAGCUGAAGGAGGUGCUGGCCGCGCAGAUCGCGCAGGUCCCGACGACCUUCGCGAAGCGGCAGCUGGAUCGGACGUGCGCGAAUUGGGAGCGGUGGUAUGCGGAUCCGGCGAAUCAUUGGAAUCCGAAUGGGCGGUUUCAGGAUGACUCGGGGAUUUGA